CGCCCUCUGACGUCAUGACGCUCGCCGUGUUUGUUUUCCGCGCCGCUGCGGUUCGACAUGGAAGCCUCCAGCGCGGAGCGAAAUGCAGACAAGCGGCCCGACAACGGCGCCGAGACGGAGCGGUCCGUCUCCAGAUCCGACAGUGGGAGUGGAGAGGAUUCACUGGACGGCCUUUCCAGCCAUGUCCCGUGUUGCCCUCUGACCCCUUCACUGACCCCACGCAAACGAACCACCAGCCAGUCGAAGACGGAACCGCCGCUGCUGCGGACCAACAAGAGGACCAUCUACACAGCCGGCAGGCCUCCGUGGUACAAUGUGACCGGGACCACCUUCAAAGAGGCCUUUGUUAUCGGUCUGUGUGGAGGCAGCGCGUCCGGGAAAACCACGGUGGCCAACAAGAUCAUCGAAGCUCUGGAUGUUCCCUGGGUGGUUCUGCUCUCCAUGGACUCCUUCUACAAGGUGCUGAACAAGGAGGAGCAGGAGCUGGCGGCCAGGAACGAGUACAACUUUGACCACCCGGAUGCGUUCGACUUUGAGCUGCUGGUCACCGUCCUGAGGAAGCUGAAGAAAGGGAAGAGCAUCAAAGUGCCGGUGUACGACUUCACCUCCCACUGCAGGCGCAAGGAGUGGAAAAUAGUCUACGGCGCCAACGUGGUCAUAUUCGAGGGAAUUCUGGCGUUUGCAAACAAAGAACUACUCAAGCUGCUGGACAUGAAGGUGUUUGUGGACACCGACUCGGACAUCCGUCUCAUACGAAGGUUGAAGAGAGACGUCGCCCACCGUGGGCGGGACAUCGGCGGCAUCAUCAAGCAGUACAACAAGUUUGUCAAGCCCGCCUUUGAGCAGUACAUCGAGCCGACAGUGCAGGUGGCCGACAUCGUGGUGCCCAGAGGAGGAGACAACUUUGUGGCGCUGGAUCUGAUCGUGCAGCACGUUCACAGUCAGCUGGAGAAGAGGAAGCUGCGCUGGGACAUAUCAGCGCUGGCCUCGGCCCACCAGGGGCAGCCGUUACCCACGACCCUCAGCGUGAUGGAGAGCACGCCGCAGGUCCGGGGCAUGCACACCAUCAUCAGGAACAAGGAGACCAACCGCGAUGAGUUCAUCUUCUACUCCAAGAGAUUAAUGCGGCUGCUGAUCGAACACGCCCUCUCCUUCCUGCCGCUCAAGCCCGUCUCCGUGGAGACGCCGCAGGGUGGCAUCUACCAGGGCCGGCGGCUGAGCGGUAAAAGAAUCACAGGUGUGUCCAUCCUGAGGGCAGGAGAGACCAUGGAGCAGGCUCUGACGGCCGUCUGUAAAGACAUCCGCCUGGGGAAGAUCCUCAUCCAGACCAACCACGACACCGGAGAGCCAGAGCUUCACUACCUCCGUCUGCCUAAAGAGAUCAGUGAGGACUACGUGAUCCUGAUGGACAGCACCGUGUCCACAGGAGCAGCCGCGCUCAUGGCGGUCAGAGUCCUGCUGGACCACGACGUGGCCGAGGACAAGAUCUUCCUGCUCUCCCUGCUCAUGGCAGAGAUGGGCGUCCACUCGGUGGCCUACGCCUUCCCCAAGGUGCGGAUCAUCACCACCGCGGUGGACAAGGAGGUCAACGACCAGUUCCACAUCAUCCCAGGCAUCGGUAAUUUUGGGGAUCGAUACUUUGGCACGGACGCGCCUUCAGACUGGUGCGAGAGCGAUGAAGGGAUGGACUUCUGAAGACCAGCCUGGCCAGGAGACUGGCCGACGUCCCCGCGGCUCUCACUCGCUCUGGACCCUCUCACAGAG